GAAAACGGGAGACGGCUGUCAAGUAUUCAUCCCAGCUGCUGGACGUAAACCUUCUUUUUUAGACCCUUCUCAGUCACUCCUCCCAGGUUGUGACUUUAACACUGGAGAAACAUGCCUCUGUGAAGUGUCCACAAGGCUAAUAGACACAGAACUUUGGGCUCAAGUAGAGGAGCCAGGAUUCCCAUAAUAGGAAUGGCAGACCCAAGGACAAGGGACCAGUAGCAAGGAUUUCUAAUAGAGCACCCAGGCCAGGGACAUGGAAACUGCCUCACUUGCAAAGGUGUAGAUCCACUUCCCCCUGUAUAUUGUAAAUACUACCACCAUAACUGUUAACGUACCAGCAGUUACACCCGGUGCACAUGACUGUAAGAAAGACUGACUAAAGGGCCCCAAUUGGCCUAUUUAGUGUCACCAUGUAAGUCUGUGAGUGUUCAGUUGAACAAAUAAUGGAGUGAGUGUGCCUAAAUAUACAAUUGUGUGUUGUCUUUGUGACCAGUAUAAUGUUUCAUCAGUGAUCAUUUUUGUUUGCAUGAUUUUGAGUUGGGUUAUUUAAGCAAUAAGGCCCAAGGACAUGAUGGUAUAUGGCCAAUAUACCACGGCUAAGGGCUGUUCUUAGGCACAACGGACACAGCCCUUAGCCUGGACACAGCCCUUGGCCAUGGUAUAUUGGCCAUAUAUCACAGACCCCUGAGGUUUCUUAUUGCUGUUAUAAACUGGUUACCAACUGUAAUUAGAGCAAUACAAAUACAUGUUUUGUCAUACCUGUGUUAUAUGGUCUGAUAUACCACUGCUUUCAGCCAAUCAGCAUUCAGGGCUCGAACCACCCAGUUUAUAAUUGUGUAUAGGACAUGUAUCCCAAAAAUAUAAUUUAAAAAGUACAGUCCUUGGGAAGGGCUGUCACGAACCCACAAGCACUACACCUCACUAUAAUUUGUGUAUUUUAGUGGGUGUGAAGUUGGUCCUCUGAAGCACCUAACAACAUGUUUGAUAAACCAUAGAAGCCAGUUUCUUCCAGGUCAAAUGAAUGUAUCAUAUUCUGAUCUUGAUUUUGGAUAUUUUUACUUACACCAUUACAUGAAGGAAUACAUCAGUAUGGUUUUCAAUACGAAUACCUAAUUGUUUAAUGUAAUAACUGAUUUGACGCGUAUGAGCAUAGCAGUCUUGUUAUGCCUACAAAUUUGUCGGCAAACACAUCACAAGCAUCACGCCCAUUCUCUCAACUACGGUGUAAUCUCAGCCAGCGGCAGCUGCGCAGCCUCAACAACACACCGCACAGAUCAGGGUAUUCCGCGACUACGCGUAUUUACUGGAGUUAUUUAUUUAAUUAUUGUUAUAUAAUAGUAACUGACAAGGCACACACCCGUCCUCUACCGACAAACGGACUCUAGCAAUGCAGCCCCUUAAGAAACUUGCUGAAACAAACUGACCUGUGUACUCAGUAGCAAGAUAUAUUAAAGCAGCGACAGUGAGCAGAUAAACAUAUAACUGGAGUGUCAGCAUCAGGCCAGGUGGUGAAGAACCAGAAGAGUGGUAAGAAGAGCGACCUCGCCCGUGCCUCAGCCAUGGCAGACCCCAGCCUGACGUCCCCCUCAGAGGUCCCUCUGCGCUCCCCCCGGGCUGCACCCCUUUCCCUCUCCUUCCCCUUCUUGAGGGAGGGCAGCCGUGUAUGGGAAAGGGGAGCGCCGCCCCGGUCACUGCCCAGCCCACUGCCCACCAAACGCAACCGCACCUAUUCAGCCACGGUGCGGGCCACCUCAGGGCCAGCGUUUAAGGGUGUGUGCAAGAGCUUCUGCAGGUCACAAGGUCAUGGCUUCAUCCGUCCAACCAAUGGCGGAGAUGACAUAUUUGUUCACAUCUCGGAUAUCGAGGGCGAGUAUGUCCCAGUUGAAGGAGAUGAGGUCACAUACAAAGUCUCCCGGAUCCCACCCAAAAACCUGAAGAUCCAGGCCGUGGAGGUGAAGAUCGUUCAUCUGAACCCAGGGACGAAGCAUGAGACCUGGUCUGGCCAGAUCAUCAGCCAGCUAGACGAGAGCUAGGCUUCUGCGCUGGCCUGUUUAUCUACACUUGGCUAGGGUGGGGAGGGCUAGGGUGGGAAGUUGAGGGGUCUGGUUAGGGCAGGCAGGGACGGCCAACUGGUGCUGGAGAGUCUGUCUAAAUCAGGUGUGCUAGAGCUGAGCUGGAACAAAACUCUAGAUACACUGACUGGCUCCUCAGGACACAAGUUGGCCAUCCGUGAACUAGGAUGUGGUUGGUACAGACUGGAUUGAUAAGUCAUAAAAGCAAGUAAGGGAGGAGAAUAUGUUCAACUUGAAGGUACUGAAAAUGGGUGAGGGGACAGAGCAGAGUGGUGGAGGAAAUAGAAUGAGAAAUCCGACACCAUUUUGAGGAGAAGCAUUACUAUUGGUGUGAAAUCAAAAUGAGGUUGGAGAGAAAAUAACUGACGAAUGUUUAGAGGUACAGAAUCGGAAACGUCUGAUUGAGAGAGCAAUCGAGAAGAAGGUAGGGAGGGAUGGGUGUAAUGGGAGACAAAAAAAAGCUUGGAAGAAUGAUUUAUAUUUUACUGUGAAUGGAAAAGCCACUAUUAAUAUUUUCUCGAGGUACACAACCAUCUUUGUAUUUUUGCCUUUUAUUUAUAUAUAUUUAUUUGACCAUUUUGUUUCGAUUUUUUUGUAUCCGUUAGUUUUGAGGUUACUGGAUUUAAGUUUUGGGUAUUGUAGUCAAACGAAUGCACUUAAAAACUUGAACUUCCAUUCUGAAAUACUGCCGAACCGACUACAACUCCUAUUAGGCUUUAUCAUGUGGCAAUUUGUAGUCCUGUUUGCAAAUUGUAACUCACCAUGAUGGUAUGAGCAAAUUAAUGUAAGGUUUUUGAAACUAUUUGAAACUUUUCUAUUGUCUGAGAGACACUGUAACACACUGUCAAUGGAAUUGAAAUACAUUUGAAUGUUUUUGUUUAAGUUCUGAUAUGAUCAUUUGAUUGUUACUGAACCAUUAUUUAUAUUUGUUUCAUGUCUGCCUAUUAUGUUUACCAUUUCCAUAUUUAGGCCAUUUCUAUGCAUAUUUAUAUCCUUCAUUCUUACUGUUUUGGGUUGUUUUAGUUAAAAUGCUAGGUUUUCCACUGGUCACAGUUCAGAGCAUUUUCUGUUAAACAAGCCACUGUGGCUAUAGUUUACCCUCAUUUCCAUGUGAGCCUUGAAAUAGCACUAAUAACAUUUUAUGAUUCACAAUUAUGGUGGCUUAUCUUUUUUUUAGUAUUUAUCUUUGGAGAUAAGGGUGUAUACAUUGUCUGUGACAUUAGAAUGACAUGCCUAUGCCUUAGUUAUACUUUCCAUCUGUUGUACAAAGAAAUAACAAGUCACACUUGGCACAAUGAUAUAAAAUAAUUUAUUACAAUGAACAUAGUUCAAAUGAAUACAGUACUCAACAAUCACAUGAUGAUUUCACAAUUAGUGUAUGUCGAUCAAACUACAAGUGAGUCCACUGGACCUUUGUCAUUCAGGAAGGUCUAAUGGCCUUUGGCAGAAAGGUGAAGACAUCCAGAUUAUUAUAUUUGUAGCAGACGGCAUUAACCUUUUAAUAAAAUUUGAUUGGAUACAACUAAA